AAAACACUAAACCCUACUGCACACAAGCACAAACAAACUAACAAUAGACUAAGGCCCUUCCUUCAUCCAGAUAGUCACAUCAAGCAAAGAAAAACGGCGCCAAAACUCAAGAACUCGACUAGCUGUCAUUUCUCGUUACAUCAGCUGACCUCACCCACGAUCCAAACGGCGGGAAACAAGCCGGCCUCCACUCUCUUUCCGCAGUGAAGUGAACAAAAAGCCACCUCCAGCGUGCUCGCGCCGGACCUCGCGGCUUCCUUCCCUGUCGAGGAUUGCUCGAUUUUCAUUUUCCGAUCGCUGUCGUUCAAGGUUAGCCCUAAAUUUCGGCGCGGUACCACCGAGAUCUGCUCGAAUGGCUUCUGCUCGUUCUUCUCUCUCUAACGGCGGUAGUUGGCGGUGGCGACGCCGUGGCCGUUGGAUUGGACGAUUGUGACCUCAACCACUUAGCUGACGUAGGCAACAAGCUCACGGACGCCGCCGGUGACGUCAUCCGGCAGUACUUCCGGAAGAGCUUCGACAUUCUCGGCAAGGAGGACUCGAUUACGGAGAGGAGAAUGGAUGGAGAUGCCAAGAAUGAAAGAAGAUUUUGCAGACUUUGUUUGGGUAUUGGUCCUGAUACAUGGUACAAAACGUUUCAUCACUGGUACACAGCUAGUCCUCAUCUAUUUAGUGGAGCUGCCAAAAUGUCUUUUGCUCGAGUAGUAAGGUUUUGUAGACCUUUGAUAGAGUCAGGCCUCAAAAAGGGGAGUUCUGUUUCUGACUAUGCAUCCACAUUUCACAAUAUGCUUCGAUCAGGUGCUGGUGGUGUUAUUACUGAUUGGAAAGGGCAUCAACUUCAUUGGGAGGCUUCUUCUACAUCACGUGCUACAAGUAUGUUUUAAUGUAGUUGCAGCAGGGGCACAAAGUUGUCCAUCAAGAAGCUAUAAACACAUUAUUGUGGCAGUGAAAACUAACUUGGGAACUUAGAGCAUCUCCAAUGCUCAAAUGUU